GAUUCGUAAUGACUCUUCCUUCUUUCUAGUUUCCUUGGGUGAGGUCAGGAACUCGGUCUUUCCGCUCUCAAACCAAACCCCCAUUGGUCACUCGGCUAUCCAGGGGAACAUUUGCCGUCCCGUGAUUGGCAGCUGCUCUCAACGACUUGCACUUGAUUGGUUGAAAACGUUACGCUGUCUGUGGGCUGAGAACUUGAUGAUUCUGUUGGUUCCUGACUGAAAUUAGAGAGAUUGAAGGGGCUGGGCUCACAGUAGAGAAAUGGCGAGAACGGUUAACGAGAGCGGGUGUGGAGAAGAAACACAGAGCCAGGAGCCGCAGGGACCGGGCCUGGGUUCGGCCAGAUGGGGUCCACAACACGCCGGUGCCCGAGAACUGGCAAAUUUAUACUCCCCAGGCAAAAGAUGUCAGGAAUGGGUGAGUGUCAUCCUCUGCUUCUCUCUCAUGGCCUUCAAUUUCAUUCACCUUCUUGCCAAUUUCCACCUGGGACAUCUGUGGUACAUCCUGUUGAGUGUUGUGGCAGGAAUACUUACCGCAGACUUUGCGUCAGGACUUGUCCAUUGGGGGGCUGAUACAUGGGGAUCAGUGGAUCUACCCAUCUUUGGGAAGGCUUUUAUACGACCAUUUAGAGAGCACCACAUCGAUCCCACAGCCAUUACCCGUCACGACUUCAUUGAGACCAAUGGUGACAACUGCAUGCUUACCGUAGUCCCUCUAGCAAACAUGGCCUUCAGCUUCCUCACCCUCACCCCCCAGGAGAUUUACCAUGUCUACCCCUGGUUCUGCUACUUGUUCGCACUAGGCGUCUUUGUGACCCUAACUAACCAGAUUCACAAGUGGUCGCACACGUAUUUCGGCCUGCCUCGUUGGGUCGUGUUCCUGCAGGACUUCCACAUCAUCCUUCCCCGCAAGCACCACCGCAUCCAUCACGUCUCCCCCCAUGAGACCUACUUCUGCAUCACCACAGGUUGGCUGAACUACCCUCUGGAGAAGAUGGGUUUCUGGAGGAACCUGGAGGAUCUUAUCCAGGGUGUGACGGGAGAGAAGCCCAGGGCGGACGACCUGAAAUGGGCUCAAAAAGUGAAGUAACGCCGCAGGCUAACCGCAUCCUACCUCAGAAGACGCGGGCUCCGUCCGGGCUUCUCAUCCCCUUUUUUUGCCUCACACAGACUGUAAUCCAUAGAAAGCAAAACUAACAAACACUUUCUGAUGCCAUAGCUUUAAGUCUUGCACAUUUUGUCUGUUUUUCAAGAGGAGGGCUCUGUUGAUGGAACUUUUCAUUACUCCCUCGUGGAGAUCAUCGUUUCACAAUUGCAAUAUAUCCUAAACUCUUUGUGUGUCUAACACAAAUAAUAACUUUUUUUGAGUUGAUUUCCAAAUAGAGAGAAGGUAUGAUCAGAAACAAUAAUUUGAAAUCGCUUUCCAAGAAGAUUAAAAGAUUUCCAUCACGUCAGAAAAUUCAAACAAGCCUAGGAAAGAACACUUGAAAGAGUGAACACUCACUUUCCACUCCAGAGACAAAACCGUUCAUUUUCAGAGUGGAUGAACCACGUUGUAUUUAGCACUGCUUUUGUUUCUGGAUAAGUCUUUGUAUUUCCACCUCAUCAAGGGUCUUCUUGAAGUGCAAGUAAUGGCAUUAGAUUUAGGCCGUGGUAAGUAGUAGAGCUGGGGUGAUAAGGUAUUUUUGGAUGCUUUAUCAAUGUGGAUAGCUAAAGAACAAAAUGUUCUGUUACAUUUGUUGAUUUCUUGCACAUUUGGGUUCAGCUGCUGUUUUUUUUUUUUUUUUUUUUUUAGAAGAUGGGUGAUGACAAUAUUUAAUAGUUUAGUCAUGAAUUUAUCAAUCUGAGACAAUGACUACAGUUGCAGUGGAAGAGUCAAUGCUACUUUAAGGCCACUAUCAUCCCUCCAGAAUGCUAAAUGACAGAUCUGACCGCUCAGAGACGGGUUUAGUUUAGACAAACCAAAAACAAGCCAAAUUGCUCAUAUUGCUGUUGGAUUCUAAGCUUGCAUUUUGAUUGGAAUUUGUCAUGUUAUCUGACCAUUGAAACAGUUUGCAUUUAUAUAUUUGAUGAUAGUGGAAACACAGAAGAUGAGUGAUUUGAUCUAAAAAAAGUGACAUUGACGUGUGUAACUGAAGUCAGCGUUGAUGCUUGGCCAUUAGAAAAUCUGGGCAAAUACUCAUGCUGUUGUUUCGCUGAGUCACUCCGGCCCGACUAACUAGUCUUUUCAGAUGAUCAUGUCCUCUGUCAAAAGUUUUUUUAGACCUUUUUAUUUGUAUAGGACAGCUUAGACUUGAAAGGGAAGGGAGAGAGAAGGGGAAUGACAUGUGGCAAAGGGCCGCAGGUCGUACUUGAACCCGUGUUGAGAAGUAAACCUCUAUACAUGGGCGCCCGCUCUACCAGGUGAGCUAACCAGGCGCUCACCUUUUAAGUUUUUAUUUGACUCCUGAUGAACAGACAGGUUGGCAGGAAAGAGGCAAAUGGAUUUUGGUCAAGCUGCCUUACGUACGGACUACAGAUGCAGUACUUUUGUCGUUAAUUUGUGUCAUUUGCUGCACUUCUUUGUGUCGCUGCAAUGGUAAUUCUGUCUUUCUGGGAUUUGUGUCUCAAUUAAUUAGAUACAGAUACUCUGAAGUUAUGUGCCAACAGUCCAGGAAGGAAGGAUCCAGAUGAGAUUAUGUAACUGAUUGAUUGAAAGUUUUUUUUAAUGUAAUUUGUAAAUGUAUUGUACAGCCAAUAACUAUGCAGUGUAAUAAGAGGCCCUUAACCAUAUGUCUUAACUCCUCUGAUUAGGUUAAAAUGCCUUUCUUUUUCUACUAUUUCACACAUAUUUGCUAUUUUAAGUUGGAAAACCAGAGCUUAAAAAAAUUGGCUACUUAAACCGCAUGACUAAAUUACUUCUACUAAUUAAGCUGUGACUUAUACAGACGUAAGAAUGCAUGCAUGCAUACAGCAUGAAAUUAAUUGUGCUGCUUUCAAAAGAUGAACCCAAAUUUUGACUAAAUGUUCCCAGAUUUGAACUUUGAAAAUGUUAUCUAAUAAAUCCUAGAUUUUCAGGUGUAAAUUGGAGGAGCUAAUCUUGCUGUUCAGCUGGGUUGAUCAGGUUAAAGGUUGAAUUAGUGAGCUUCUGAUGUUGUACUAGACAAUUUAUUGAUAGUAUAUAUUUUUAUUACAGUAAAAGUUCAUUUUGAAACCAAAAUUAUGCUUUAUAUGAUGUAAUAUUUCAGCUUUUGAAUCCUUCAUACUUGAUUAUAUUCAAUUAUUCGCCAUAGGUCAGCAGCAGAAGUACACUGCAGAUUGCGUAGUUCUUGUAGAGUAUUGUGAGAAGUAGUCUCGUAUGCGAUAGGUAGUGUAAUACAUGAUGGUAAAUAGAUGCCACUAUGUGUCACUGCGUCAAAGUUUAAGGCCUGUGUAGAAGUUCUACUCCUGAAGCUCAUUUUGAUCAGUUUUAGGCAAAAUAUAGUUUGGACACUGCUAACUUUAAACAACUUAUUUUAUGAAUGGGAGUUUCUGCGUUGUUGGCCCUGUUGGAUGAUUUGUUGCUUCAGCAAAUAGUUUUUGGUGAUAAUAUAAAAGGAAUGACAACUUUUGUUUUUGUAAUACAAUAGCUAAGGGUAAUGGUUAGAAAUACUAGACAUGCCAUAAUUAGUUUGGAGAUUGACAAAACGGACAACCUUGCAAUAAAAAUAUAUGGAUGUUCAGAAGAAACCAACGACAUAACUUGGAGACAGACUUGCUAUUAUUGCUAUUUGUUAUUUAUAGUUAGGAGUCUGGUUGUGACUAUAGAUCUAACACGCAUUAACUUAUUCUUCAUGUAUUCUCCAGAUGAUCUCAGGAUUGUGGUUAGAGUGAUUUCAAUAGGUUAUUAUUAAUUUGUGAAAAAAAACCCCCCCUCUCCAUUAGUGAAGUUGAGGCCGUUACCUAAUAGAUAAAAGUUGUAUAAGUCAGUUGUUUUGAUUAGAUUCUGUUGACCGAAUGAUUUUAAAUGCAUUACAGGUUCUAUUGUAGCCAUAUGUCAGUACAGUUAACCUGGCCUCAUGUUAUUGAGGUAGAAUUUGUGAUUAAUCUGUGAUAGGUUUUUUGCUGUUUUAGAGACAGAUAUCAGUGGAUUUGAAGGGUAUUUUGUGACAAUGUGUGGUUAACAAAAUAUUUUUCCACUGGAAAUUGUAAAAGCAAAUUAACUUGUUGGUAUGUGGGGUGGGCAUUUGGUGGUAACUUUCAACAUGCUGUGUUGAAAUCACUUUUGUAAUGAUCGUUUUAGACUUGUUAUUGAAUUGCCUUAUCCUCUCCCUGAUUGAUUUACUGUAAAUCUCGACAGCGACAUGGGAAAGCAAUUUAUUGACUGACUGAAUUGCCCUUCACUUGUCUCUUACUUGUUCUGAGUCGAGGCCCAUAUGGAUGGUGUAGUUGGUUGUGUAUGCUGGUGGUGAUGGAGUUUUAGAUAUCAGAAUAAUGCCUUGAUGCCUUUUUGUUGUCUUCUAUUUGGGAGACUUGCAAUGUAUAUAUUAAACUGUAUUUAUAAAUAAACGGUUGAUAAUUA